AAAGUGGAAGGCAACGGAUAUCUGGCCUAAAUGAGUAAAAUCCGGCAGAAUUUCUGUCAGCAACGGAGCAAUCCCGGAAGUGGAACGUCAAGAAUAUAGACUUAUGGCGUUUUUCCAAUACAUUUAACACUCAGACAACCUGGGGCCUGGGCCAGGGUUUGGUUCCCUAGGCAGUUUUGCUCACUUUGCAACUUUGGUAGUCCAGCCUUAAGUAAAAACACAGACCAGCAGCAACUGUUCUUACCAUUUCACAAAAAAACAAUCAGUUACACCAACUGUCUCUUAACCAGCCAAGUGAAUGACAAAGUUGACCUUUUAUGAACAAACUCAAGGUGAAUAUAAGUACGGUACAUUCACUGAAAGAUUUGAAAGAAAGUCUUACCUUGCUUAAGCUCAUCUAAGAAUUCAAUCAAUUGAUGACUGAAUACUGUGAAGUUGAUCUUAAACAACUCAGAAGAAAGAAGUGUCAGGUUGUUCAAUACAUAUACUGCCAGCUACAGGUGCUCCGCUCUGGUUUUCAAGAAAGAAAAGAAGAAGAAAAAAAUAUGAAUAAAUAAAUAAAUAAAUUUAACAAACUACUUGUCAAGCGACACAAGCACAAACUUAAAUUAUAAGAUAUAGAAGAGGGUUUGAAGAACAUCUGAAGAACAACAGCUUGAAAGUAGUAAAAACAACAAUUUAGAUACUCAAAAAUAAAAUAAUAAAAGAGAAUGUUAAAAAAUUUACCCCUGUCUGAUGGUGACAAGACUGCAGUAUUACUACUGUCUGUUAACAACAGGGUCUGUUGGUUAGUCAGAAAGGCAAGUGUCUAAAAAUCAAGAUUCAAUAGUAGAAUACUAAAUAGAAGACUGUUUUAAAGCUAUAACUUUUAUAAAAAAAUAAUACAUUCUCUCAGGUAUUAAAGGUUUCAGACAUUGACAUGUUUAGGUGAAUUGUUUGUCAUUAAAUUAGAUGCAAUGAGAGCUGUACAAUUCCAUAUGUGGUCCUAGUACUAUUAGAACCCAGCCUGACUGCCAACAUGCACUCAAUGACAACAUACUGUUCUUCAUUGCAUUGUUUUUGACGUGUGUGUAAGGAAUGUACAACAUUACAGUGUUCACAAUGAAAAGAUGUCUAUUGUACAGAUGAUUUUACAUUAUUCAAAAGGUCAAGAAAACAUGAGCAAGUUACUUUUAAGAUACAAAUGAAAACUUUUUUUUUUUUACUUUGCUGAUUUGUUUUGUUUGUUUACAUAUCAAGUUAUUGUUCUAAAUGAAAAUGUGUAAUUGUUACUGUUUUAUACAGCAUUGUUCCUUUGUUUAAGAUCACUUUGUUGCUGGUAAAACUACUACUGUUCAGUUACUGGUUCCUCACUGGUUUGAUUUUAUGUAUGUUUAUCUUAAUUAAAAUGUUGAAAUGGACUUUUACUUGCUGGUUAUUACUCACAUGUUUCUCUUAACUCACCUAUUUUGACCCUGAAUGUGCUUUAAAUCAAGCUAAAAAGAUUUAAAUCUUACUAUUUAUGUGGUUACAAACUUUAUUCUGUUACACUGUAGUAUUGAUGACUGGUAAUAAUUGGUCUCUUUUUUAUUGGGAGUGGUGGGGUGGAAAGGGAAAGGACAAUGCAGCACUGUGGAUCUGGUAUCUGGUUUCCACAGCAACCCAUAUUAAAUUACGUAGAGGCUUACAGGUGGUGGACUUUAAACAGAGGUGGAGGGACAGGUGACGCAGACCACGGGGAACUCUCUUCUUCCUGGAAAGAAACCAAGCAACUGCAAAAAUGGCUAAAUUCUUCACACCAGUUCAAAUCAAUGAGUUGAAGGAGUGCUUCUCCUUGUAUGACAAGAAGCAAAAGGGCAAGAUUGUUGCCAAAGACCUGAUCACAGUUAUGCGCUGCCUGGGUACAAGCCCCACGUUUGGUGAAAUCGAAAGACAUCUACAAGUUCACAAAAUCGAAAAGACAGGUGAGCUGGACUUCUCUACGUUUCUGAUGAUGAUGCACAGACAGAUGCAACAGGAAGACCCCAAGACGGAAAUCCUGGAGGCCUUGAGGAUGACGGACAAACAGAAGAAAGGAUACAUCCAGGCAUCUGAGCUCCGGGCCAAGCUCACCAUGUUGGGAGAGAAACUAACAAACAAAGAAGUGGAUGAUCUCUUCAAAGAGGCAAAUGUCAAGUCAGACGGGGCUAUCAACUACGAAGAGUUCACCCAGAUGGUGACGCUGCCACCUGUGGAUUAUUGAUUUUUCAACCAUGAUGGGGGUAUUGGCUUUACAUACACUGAACUUCAGAAAUCCCAAACUGUAUUAAAUCUACAUGAUGUUGGCAGACUAUUCUCUGAUUUUUAAAUUAAAUGCAGAACCUGUUCCCAUAGCCUUCCUCUAUGACUGCACAUUGUGAAGCGCUGUCAUUAUACCGUAUUGUAAUGAACACUAUAUGAUUUUGCAUGUUAUUCUUUAACGGGAUCACAUUUGAAAAGCAAGACAUUUUUCGUCAAGCCUGACCCUCCACCCAAAACAAAUGUAAUGUCCAGUUUGACAUUUUGUGUAUGUAUUUCUGCAUGCGAUAUAUUAAAUCUUUUGUUUCUUGAAGUAGUUUCUCUUCAUGUGGCACUGUCAACUUUCCACACAUCAGUAUUACAUUGCAUUAAUUUCCUACACUUGUGUGAUAAAAGCUGUGUUUGAAAUGUAUUUUAAACCCUCAUCCAUAUCGUUCUGUUUCAGCUGUUUGUCGUCUCAAGCCCUGCAUGCAUAAUUGUCAUGCAUUUGACAUUUGUUUUUCAUUUGUAUUGCAUUUACAUAAGCGGCUUACAAUUACUUUUUUUUUCCCCCACAACUUUUAUUUCGUAGUAUAAAUCACAGUAUAUAAAUAUCCAUAUAUAAUAACACAUCAGUGAUUAAUACAUGAAUAACAUUUUCUCCAAAACAUGUACUUGUUGUAUUGCCUCUUAACAUUUCAUUUAAAUGUUUACAGUACGAUUUUGUUAAGAGAUUGUACUGUAGUUAGCCAACUGAUUGUUUUGAAAAAUGUGUUUAGUAGCUAUAUUAGCCACUUGGCUAGAGUCUUGAUUUUGUGCUUGGAAACCAACAUAGUCAUUAAAUGUACAAAUAUGGAUCUUUUAAAACAGAAAAAGUACAGAUCAAACAAUCAGUCCAACAAACUAAAUUAA